UCUCCUUCCUCCUGUGGCCGCUUCCGCAUAUUUCUUCCCUUUCAACAACCAACCCCCCCUCCCCACCAAGCUUCCUCCUGUUGAAAGAUGAGUCGAGGCGGCAGCGCAGCUGCGGGCGGCGGCACCAAGGGGAAGAAAAAGGGGGCUACCUUCACAAUCGAUUGCUUGAAGCCGGUGGAGGACAAGAUCAUGGACAUUGCCUCUCUCGAGAAGUUCCUCCAGGAAAGGAUCAAGGUCGGCGGCAAAGCCGGCGCUCUAGGCGAUUCCGUCACUGUUACUCGCGACAAGAGCAAACUUACCGUCACCUCCGACUCUAAUUUCUCCAAGCGGUACCUGAAGUACUUGACUAAGAAAUACCUGAAGAAACAUAAUGUACGAGAUUGGCUCCGGGUCAUAGCUUCAAACAAGGAUCGGAACGUUUAUGAACUUAGGUACUUCAACAUUGCUGAGAACGAGGGCGAGGAUGAAGAUUGAUAAACUAGUCGGCCUUUUGCGAAAUUCUUGGCUCAUUACCCACUUGUUGUUUCGUCCUUAGUUUUCCCUUUUGCACAAUUUUGUUGGUUAAAAUUAUAGACUUGGCAUUAAACAUUGUCUGAGCGAGGGCACUUUGGUAUUCCAGAAUUUGCUUCAAUUUUUGUUUGCGGAGUUGAAAUAUUUUGACUCUUUACAAGGGUUUUACAAAUGCGAUACCCUUUUAAUUGAAUUUCAUGCAAGGUUUGAUGAUAGUCUGAGGAGUUCAAA